GUUUUUUAUUGUCACCAUUUCAGUUGCAUAAGUGAUUCGAUCUGAAGCUGAUCGCUCGAGGCAUGGAAAAUUCAACGGCCGGUAAAUCAGUCGCACAAGGACCCCCUGCAGUCGGUAGCAACAUUGUGCUUAUUUACACAUGUACAACACGGCGUAUACGUAUUUUAACGUACGACAGCCGGCCACAAUUAAUCUUGCCAAGUGUUUUUAUGCCUCUGCCUUGAGAGCGGAGAACUGAAAUGGAAAGAAGUGCAAAAAACAGGUCUCUUAAAUGGACCAACAUCAUGCGGCUGGGUUAUAAUUGAAUUUUCAUAACCAUUAACCAACGCCGACUCGGUCAUUAUUUAAAUGUAAUGACGCUUUAUUAUUACCUCGGAAAUCGAAAGCAAAUGAUUGCGACUUUAUAAAUAUAAAUCAAAUUAGAAAAGCUUCUUGGCCGCCACCACAUGUUGCACGGCCAUUUGUCCAACGUGUGACCAAAAGCUAGGACAGGACGAAUGCCUAACAUUCUAGCAUUUAUGCCCAAACAAAAGAGUCCACUAAAAGGACAUUUAGGAAAGUGGAGGCUAUUUAAGAGGUUUCAUCAAAAACAAAUUUAUGUGAGAAUCGGGUGUUGCCUCUGUGCAUUUUAGGGAGAUUUUACUCAGAGCUAUAAAACUUAAAAAUGUAUUUAUAAAGUGAACAGAGCGCAACUCACCAAAUGAGGAAUUCCAAAAGUCUUUUCUUAGAGCUGAGAAAAAGACUCCUCCCGAGAACGCGAUUUCGUGUUCGCUGAGGCUCCAGGCUAUAUGCCCUGGCCGGGAAUUCUGACAAGAAAAGACCUUCGCGCAGGAAUGGUGAAGUUUAUGUGUACAAAUAAAAGGAGGACCAUUCCCUAUCAGUGAAUCUGGAUGUACGACGAUCGCAGCAAGGAACAAUUUAUCACAAGCCAGAAUAUGGAGUACGAGGAAUUUCGCGAAGCGAUUUGCAUUGCUGAGAAGCUUCGGUCUGGCAACGUGGAUGUUAACUCUGAGGGCGCCGGCUGGCAGCUGGCCUCACCAAAAGAGGUACUGCCGCCGCCCUUAAUAAAUCCUCCAUUGAAGUCGAAUGAAGCUGACUGGAAACUCAACUAUUUGCGACAGGUGCGAAUGGAGCGCGAGUCCUUGGGCAUAGAGGUGAAAUUUAUCCAUGAGAUUAAUAUACUGCGCCACAGCUUGACGCUUAGAAAACAGGAUUACCCAUCUGCCCUAUGGGCCUUUCAUCAGCUGGAGGAUCUGGUCCUUAGCGAACUGCUGCUUGUGCGCAACUUUGGAGCCGUAGAAGCGGUCCGUCAUUUAUGCCGCUUUGCAUCCGCACAACCCCAAGAAAGGGGGGACAAGGUGAAGAACCUAGCAAACCAAUUGAUGGACCGUUUCGCGUUGCAUUUUAAGCUUCCUUCUACCAGUCCCGAUUUCUGGUCCGAAUACUGCUUGCUUCUACUGAAGCUACACUGUGAAAAUUAAACAUAGUGAUAUCGCAAUAGAACCAAAAUAGAAAGCCAAAUUCAAGAAUAACAAAA